AUGUCGUCGUCUGUUCCAUACGAUCCAUAUGUCCCCAAUCAAAAUACAUCCGAGCAAUCCAACUCGAGGACUGCUGCAAUCCAAGCUCAAAUUGAUGACACAGUUGGAAUCAUGAGAGAUAACAUCAACAAGGUUGCGGAACGUGGUGAGCGUUUAGAUUCCAUUGAGAAUAAAACCGAUAACUUGGCUAUUUCUGCACAAGGGUUCCGUCGUGGUGCCAAUAGAGUUCGUAAGGAUAUGUGGUGGAAAGACAUGAAGAUGAGAAUGUGUCUUAUUUUAGGUGUUAUCAUUGUGUUGGUUGUUAUCAUUGUUCCUAUCGUUGUUCAUUUUACAUAG